AUGAACGACUUGACCCAAUCAGUAGAUGGCUCAAGGAGCGAACUUUUGACAGCAAUUCGUAGAUCCAACUUUCGGUUAGCCGCCUCCUCCGGAAGGCAUUUUUUUCAUCAAAGUAUCAGCAUUCCAGUGGGCAGUGCGGUCAACACCUCGGGUGGGUUAAGGGGCAUUCAACGUGGGGGGAGUCGGAGUCUCUUCCGCAGUUUCACCGUGGACCCUUCUGCCAUCUCCAGAGGUUUUCACCAGUCCUCGCUGCGAUGUUCUCCUUACAAUAAACAGGUCGACGGCAGCCGUGAUAGAAGUGAGGCGGAGUCGGGGGUAGAUAUGUAG